GUUAUGGUGCGGUGAGCCGGCUAGCGGCCGAAUGCAGACUCUGGGCGAGCAUAAGCGCUUGCGACAGUGGCGAUAUCUGGCGGACCGGCUCCUUCCGCGGCCUCUGCUUUUCUUUGUGUUCUGGCCGAGUUGCUGAAGGCCUGGCUUCACCAUCUUCGCUCGAAGGCAUCUGAUAGCUAGCGACCGGUUUCCCGUGUGUUGCGAGCAUAGGAAAAAAAAAGGCUGUUCGUUCUAGACCAGAGCAUCUCAAGUUCGAGUUAAUGAGAUGGUUAUCCUAAGAUGAAGGAGAGCUUCCCCAAGCAACAGAUAGUUUAAGGAAGAGAGCUUGUUGUGUAUAGACCGUAUUUAUUGCCUUCAAGUAAUUGGGUUGAAGAUGAACCCUGUGAACCCCUUCAGUGGGCAGCAGCCCGGCGCCUUUGCGGUGUCUUCUAGUGCCACGGGAACAUUUCAGACUAAGUCACCAUUCCGAUUUGGCCAGCCUUCCCUUUUUGGACAGAACAACCAAGCCAGCAAGAGCCUGGGAUUUUCACAGGUACCGAGCUUUGCAACACCCUCUGGUGGAAGCCAUUCUUCCUCUUUGCCAGCCUUUGGACUUACCCAAACCUCAAGUGUGGGACUUUUCUCUGGUCUGGAAUCCACACCUUCUUUUGCAGCUACUUCUGGGCCUUCAAGUUCAUCUGUGCCCGGAAAUACAGCAUUCAGCUUCAAGUCAGCCUCCAGUGUUGGGGUUUUCUCGAGUGGCCCUACUUUCGGGCCAGAAACUGGAGACGUAGCAGGUUCUGGUUUUAGGAAGACGGAGUUCAAGUUUAAACCUCUGGAAAAUGCAGUCUUCAAACCCAUACUGGGGGCCGAGUCAGAGCCGGAGAAAACCCAGAGCCAGAUUGCUUCUGGGUUUUUCACAUUUUCUCACCCUGUUAGUAGUGGGUCUGGGGGCCUCACCCCCUUUUCCUUCCCGCAGGUGACAAACAGCUCAGCAACUAGUUCAAGUUUUAUCUUUUCGAAACCAGUUACUAGUAAUACGUCUGCCUUCGCCCCUGCUUUGUCUAACCAAAAUAUAGAGGAAGAGAAGAGGGGACCCAAGUCAGUGUUUGGGGGCUUGAAUAGUAGCUUCAGUACUUUCCCCAUGGCGUCACCUGGAUCUUUGGGGGAGCCCUUCCCGACCAACAAAACAAGCAUCCGCCAAGGAGGUGAGGAAGCCAUCUCCCAGGUGGAGUCACAUCCUGCCCUCAUGAAGGGAUUAAAGAGGAAAGAGGACCAGGAUCGCUCCCCAAGAAGACAUUGCCACGAGGCAGCAGAAGACUCGGACCCCCUGUCCAGGGGUGACCAUCCCCCAGAUAAACGGCCAGUCCGCCUGAAUAGACCCCGGGGAGGCACUCUGUUUGGUCGGACGAUACAAGAGGUCUUCAAAAGCAAUAAAGAAGCAGGCCGUCUGGGCAGCAAGGAAUCCAAAAAGGACAGUGGCUUUGUGGAAUCUGGGGAAAGUGACCACGUGGCCAUCCCAGGAGGGAGUCAGUCCACCCUGGUAACUUCCCGGCUUCCAGCUGUGAAUAAAGAGGAAGAAACAGAAGGUAGAGAUGAAAAAGAAGAUUCUCUCCGGGGAACGUCUGUGCGGCAAAGUAAAAGAAGCGAGAGCACAGACAGCCUGGGGGGCAUGUCGUCUUUAGAGCUCACGGCCAUCCAGUGCAAGAACAUCCCCGACUACCUCAACGACAGAGCCAUCCUGGAGAAACACUUCAGCAAGAUCGCUAAGGUUCAGCGGGUCUUCACCAGACGCAGCAAGAAGCUCGCCGUGAUUCAUUUUUUUGAUCAUGCAUCUGCAGCCCUGGCUCGGAAGAAAGGAAAAGGUCUGCAUAAGGACAUGGCUAUCUUUUGGCACAAGAAGAAAAUAAGUCCCAGCAAAAAACCCUUUUCCCUGAAGGAGAAGCAGCUUGGUGAAGGUGAAGCCAGCCAAGGCAUAGAGGACUCUCCCUUUCAGCACUCCCCUCUCGGCAAGCCCAUCGUGAGGCCUGCCACCGGCAGCCUCCUGAACAAAAGCUCUCCAGUGAAGAAGCCCGGUCUUCUGAAGAUCCACCAGUUCGAGGCAGAUCCUUUUGACUCUGGAUCUGAGGGCUCCGAGGGCCUUGGUUCUUGUGUGUCAUCUCUUAGCACCCUGAUUGGGACUGUGGCUGACACAUCUGAAGAGAAGUACCGCCUUCUGGAUCAGAGAGACCGCAUCAUGCGGCAAGCUCGGGUGAAGAGGACAGACCUGGACAAAGCAAGGGCGUUCGUGGGGACGUGCCCUGACAUGUGUCCUGAGAAGGAGCGGUACCUGCGGGAGACCCGGAGCCAGCUGAGCGUGUUUGAAGUUGUCCCAGGGACUGACCAGGUGGACCAUGCAGCAGCCGUGAAGGAGUACAGCCGGUCCUCUGCGGAUCAGGAGGAGCCCCUGCCACAUGAGCUGAGACCCUCAGCAGUUCUCAGCAGGACCAUGGACUACCUAGUGACCCAGAUCAUGGAUCAAAAGGAAGGCAGCCUUCGGGACUGGUAUGACUUCGUGUGGAACCGCACACGGGGUAUACGGAAGGACAUCACACAGCAGCACCUCUGCGAUCCCCUGACGGUGUCUCUGAUCGAGAAGUGUACCCGAUUUCACAUCCAUUGUGCCCACUUUAUGUGUGAGGAACCUAUGUCCUCCUUCGAUGCCAAGAUCAACAACGAGAAUAUGACCAAAUGUCUACAGAGUCUGAAGGAGAUGUACCAGGACCUGAGGAACAAGGGGGUUUUUUGUGCCAGCGAAGCAGAGUUCCAGGGCUACAAUGUCCUGCUCAAUCUUAACAAAGGUGACAUUUUGAGAGAGGUGCAGCAGUUCCACCCUGAUGUUAGGAACUCCCCGGAGGUGGACUUCGCUGUCCAGGCUUUUGCUGCAUUGAACAGCAAUAAUUUCGUGAGAUUCUUCAAACUGGUGCAGUCAGCUUCUUACCUUAAUGCGUGCCUGUUGCACUGUUACUUUAACCAGAUCCGUAAGGAUGCCCUCCGGGCACUCAAUGUGGCAUACACUGUAAGCACACAGCGCUCUACCGUCUUCCCCCUGGAUGGUGUCGUCCGCAUGCUGCUGUUCCGAGAUUGUGAAGAGGCGACCAGCUUCCUCAAUUACCAUGGCCUCACUGUGGCUGAUGGCUGUGUUGAGCUGAACCGGUCGGCAUUCUUGGAACCCGAGGGACUAUACAAGGCCAGGAAGUCAGUGUUUAUUGGCCGGAAGCUGACAGUGUCAGUUGGAGAAGUUGUGAAUGGAGGGCCACUGCCUCCUGUUCCUCGACACACACCUGUGUGCAGCUUUAACUCCCAGAAUAAGUAUGUCGGCGAGAGCCUGGCUACAGAGCUGCCCAUCAGCGCUCAGAGAUCUGGUGGCGACUCAGCAGGUGGUGGGAGAGGAGAGGAGGUUGAGGCGGAAGUGGAUGUGCCGCCACUGGCUGUCCUCCCACAGCUGCCUCCUGCGCCCUCAGCCACACCAGUGCCUCAUGUCCAGCCACUGACCCAAGCUGUGACUCCUAGCCUUUUCCAGGCCUCCACGCAGCCUGAGGUGCUGCUGCCAAAGCCCGUGCCUGUGUACUCUGAUUCGGACCUAGUACAGGUGGUGGACGAGCUCAUCCAGGAGGCUCUGCAGGUAGACUGUGAGGAAGUCAGCUCCGCUGGGGCAGCCUACGUAGCCGCAGCUCUGGGAGUCUCCAAUGCUGCUGUGGAGGAUCUGAUAACAGCUGCCACCACAGGCAUUCUGAGGCACGUUGCAGCUGAAGAAGUAUCCAUGGAAAGGCAGAGGGUAGAGGAAGAAAAGCGUCGGGCUGAAGAGGAAAGGUUGAAGCAAGAGAGAGAACUGAUGUUAACUCAGCUGAGCAAGGGCCUGGCCGCAGAGCUGACAGAACUCACGGUGACAGAGUGUGUGUGGGAAACCUGCUCCCAGGAGUUAAAGAGUGCAGUAGAGACAGACCAGAAGGUCCGCGUAGCCCGCUGUUGUGAAGCCGUCUGUACACACUUGGUGGAUUUGUUUCUUGCUGAGGAAAUUUUCCAGACUGCAAAAGAGACACUCCAGGAACUCCAGUGCUUCUGCAAGUAUCUACAAAGGUGGAGGGGAGCUGUCGCAGCCCGAAAGAAACUCCGGCGUCAGAUGCGGGCCUUCCCUGCAGCACCGUGCUGUGUGGAUGUGAAUGACCGGCUGCAGGCAUUAGUGCCCAGUGCAGAGUGUCCCAUUACUGAGGAGAACCUGGCCAAGGGCCUUUUGGACCUGGGCCAUGCCGGGAAAGUGGGCAUCUCCUGUACCAGGUUGAGGCGGCUUAGGAACAAGACGGCUCACCAGAUGAAGGUCCAGCACUUCCACCAGCAGCUGCUGAGUAAUGCUGCCUGGGCACCUCUGGACCUGCCAUCCUUUGUGGCCGAGCACCUCCCUGUGAAGCAGAAGCGAAUAUUUUGGAAACUGGUGCUGGUGCUGCCUGAUGGAGAAGAGCAGACUCCAGAGAGUCCUGGCAGAAUACUAGAAAAUUGGUUAAAGGUCAAGUUCACAGGAGAUGGCAGCCUGGUGGAUGACACACGAGAUAAUGCUGGUGACAUCCAGACCCUCUCAGUCUUUAAUACACUCAGCAGUAAAGGGGAUCAAACAGUUUCUGUCAACGUGUGUAUAAAGGUGGCUCGUGGCACCCUCAGUGACAGCGCCCUCGAUGCCGUGGAGACACGGAAGGACCUGUUGGGAGCCAGUGGGCUCAUGCUGCUGCUUCCCCCCAAAGUGAAGAGUGAGGAUGUAGCAGAGGAGGAUCUGUACUGGCUGUCGGCUUUACUGCAGCUCAAGCAGCUUCUCCAGGCCAAGCCCUUCCAGCCUGCCCUGCCACUGGUGGUCCUCGUGCCCAGCUCCAGAGGAGACUCCACGGGGAAGGGAGUAGAGGACGGUCUGAUGUUACAAGAUUUGAUUUCAGCCAAGCUGAUUUCAGAUUACAUCGUUGUUGAGAUUCCUGAUUUUGUUAACGAUUUACACGGCACAGUGAAGGUUUCUGGAGCAGUCCAGUGGCUGAUCUCCCGGUGCCCUCAAGCCCUAGACCUUUGCUGCCAAACCCUUAUUCAGUAUGUUGAGGAUGGGAUCAGCCGUGAGUUCAGUGGUCGGUUUUUCCACGACAGGAGAGAGAGACGCCUGGGCAGUCUGGCCUCCCAGGAGCCUAGCGCCAUUAUUGAGUUGUUCAACAGUGUGCUACAGUUCCUGGCCUCUGUGGUGUCCUCUGAGCAGCUGGGUGACAUCUCCUGGCCUGUCACGGAAUUUGCUGAGGUGGGAGGCAGCCAGCUACUUCCUCACUUGCACUGGAACUCACCAGAGCAUCUAGCUUGGCUGAAGCAAGCUGUGCUUGGGUUCCAGCUUCCACAGAUGGAUCUUCCACCCCCAGCGGCCCUCUGGCUCCCUGUGUGUUCCAUGGUGAUCCAGUACACGUCCCAGAUUCCCAGCUCGUGCAGGACACAGCCUGUCCUGCGGUCCCAGGUGGAGAGCCUGCUGUGCAGAACAUACCAGAAGUGGAAGAGCAAGAGCCUCUGUCCAGGCCAGCAGUCGGGGCCUUCUGUUGCCGAGAUCCCGUGGGAUGACAUCAUCACCUUAUGCAUCAAUCACAAGCUAAGGGACUGGACGCCCCCCCGGCUCCCCGUCACAUUAGAUGCACUGAGUGAAGAUGGUCAAAUAUGUGUAUAUUUUUUCAAAAAUCGUCUAAGGAAAUACACUGUUCCCUUGUCAUGGGAGCAGGCCAGAAUGCAGACCCAGAGGGAACUUCAGCUGAGUCAAGGAUGGUUUGAAGAUCAACUUCAGCAAUGGCUAUCACGAGACUCACAGGCCUUCACCGAGUCAGCCCGCCUUCCUCUCUACCUCCCUCAGACAUUAGUGUCUUAUCCUGAUGCCAUCAAAACUCAGACCAAGGUGAAGACAUCCACAAGUCCUCAGAAUGCAGGGACAGGAGACCACGUGCGGUUCUCAGAGGCAUCAGACACAUCUCUGACUGAAAAGCUGAAGCACCUGGAAAGGCUAAUCCAAAGUUCAAGGGCAGAAGAAGCGGCCUCUGAGCUACAUCUCUCUGCACUGCUGGACAUGGUGGACAUAUGAGCUGUCUGAUGAGAGAGAGUUUUCUUCAUAAUGGCUUGUCUGUAUUCAAUUGUGUUGUAAAUGCUGUUGGAAAUGUGACUAUUAAUUAUGCAAAUAAACUUCUUGAAUCAUUCAAGAGCCCUAGUUUCAUGU